CUUCACACAGAUUGUCCGGUGGAACAUUAUUCUUCCAGCACAUGGGGGCUGGCAGACAUGCCAAUACCGAGACCGGUGCAGGGAGGAAGGAUGCCAUCCAUGUUGAUUCGACUAUCAUGCUAAUCUAUCUACUAGAUGGGCAAUAGACAAUAGGAUUGGCGGCAUCAGUCUAUGAUCUAUCUGCUCCCAAGGGACUUCCUAACCCAUAGAGCCCAGUCUAUCAGGCUAUAUCCCCUGGCUUUUGAUAACUUCGACUUCAUGCCCUUGGAGUUGUUGGCUCCUUCACACCCGUUGUCAGCGCGGCAGUCAACCGGAUCUCAGACAGACAGAAUAUUGCCAGCAGCUACUUAGUUACCUACUUAGUAGGUAC